GCUCUCAGUAAGUUUUCGAAGGCGGACGAGAUACCAUGCUUCUGCUGCUGGCCGCCGGUUUUUUUUAUCGCUACUCUGACGUCAUGGGAGUCCAGGCAUUCCUUAUAUCAGCAGUAGUUUUGCUUCUCAGUUAUCUUCUACUGAGAUGGCGGAGGACACUGAACUACUGGAAAAAUGCGGGAAUCCCCUGUGAAAAGCCGCACAUUCUGAUGGGAAGUCUGGCCGGAGUGCAAUCUAAGCGAUCGUUUUGCGACAUUUGGGAAGAUUACUAUAAAAAGUUCCGGGGCACAGGACCUUUUGCCGGCUUCUACUGGUUCCAGAAACCAGCUGCCUUCGUCCUAGAGCCUUCACUGGCCAAAUUGAUCUUGAUCAGGGAUUUCAACAAGUUUACGGAUCGUGGCUUUUAUCACAACACAGAGGAUGAUCCAUUAUCCGGGCACCUGUUCAUGCUGGACGGUCAGAAGUGGAAGUCCAUGAGGAACAAACUCUCUUCCACUUUCACCUCUGGAAAGAUGAAGUACAUGUUUCCCACCGUGGUGAAGGUGGGUCAUGAGUUCGCCGAGGUUUUCGGUCAGACACUGGAAAAAGACAAUAUUGUCGAGGUGAAGGAUCUGCUGGCUCGCUUCACCACCGACGUGAUUGGCACAUGCGCCUUCGGGAUCGAGUGCAGCAGUCUCAAGGACCCAAAUGCAGAGUUCCGGGUUAUGGGCCGAAAAUCUGUUACAGACCAGCGGCAUGGGGCUCUGGGAAUAGCAUUCAUCAAUAGCUUCCCCAAUUUGGCCCGGCGACUGCACAUGAAGAUCACCAAAGAGGAAGUUGAACACUUCUUCCUGCGAAUCGUCAGGGAGACGGUCAGCUUCAGGGAGCAGAACAAUAUCCGACGCAAUGACUUUAUGGAUCAACUAAUUGAUCUGAAAAACAGUCCACUAACCAAGUCCGAGAGUGGAGAAAGUGUUAACCUUACAAUCGAGCAAAUGGCAGCUCAGGCCUUUGUGUUCUUUGGGGCUGGCUUCGAGACAUCAUCCACCACCAUGGGAUUUGCCCUUUACGAGCUGGCUCAGCACCAGGACAUUCAAGACCGGGUGAGGAAAGAAUGCAACGAAGUCUUUGGCAAAAGCGGCGAGUUUUCUUAUGAGAACAUGAAGGAUUUGAUCUACCUAGAUCAGGUCUUGUCUGAAACCCUCCGCCUCUAUACUGUACUGCCAAUAUUGAAUCGUGAGUGCCUUGAGGACUAUGUGGUUCCCGAUAAUCCAAAGUAUGUUAUUAAGAAGGGAAUGCCUGUCCUCAUUCCCUGUGGAGCCAUGCAUCGCGAUGAGAAAUUGUAUCCCAAUCCGGAUGUCUUUAACCCGGACAACUUUCUACCGGAGAGGGUUAAGGAACGCGAUUCCGUGGAAUGGCUGCCGUUCGGCGAUGGUCCUAGGAACUGCAUUGGAAUGCGUUUUGGCCAAAUGCAAGCUCGCAUCGGCCUGGCUCUGCUGAUCAAGGACUUUAGAUUCUCCAUCUGCAAGGAAACUACCAUUCCCAUGAAGUACAGCAAAGAAACUUUUCUUAUUUCAAGUGAAUCUGGUAUUUACUUAAAAGUGGAACGUGUUUAAACUGCGCUUAAUUCAGAAAUAAGUACUACUGGCAUGUGGGCUUACAUCACUUUAUAAACAAACGAGGUCUCUGCUUUAUUGUAAUUAGAAACAAUGAGUGCACAUAUUCUAUAACAGAUUUAAAAAUACAUUUGAAAAGUACGAUGACACAA